AUGGCCGACGAAGCAAAGGAAGAAACUCCUCCGCAAGAGGAAGUGCCUGAUGUAGAGGCCCAAGACUCCAAGCCUGCCUCCAAGCCUGCCGAUGCAGCAACUCCAGCUGCAGAAGGAGGAGAAGAGAAUUGUUUGGGGGGAGACAAGGUGCUCACACCAGUCACAAUGGGUGUUUUGGGAAUCUGUGGAGCCAUGGUAGGCCUUUACCUUGCUGCAAUGGGAAUUUGGGGUGGUGCCGUUGUGACAGUCGCUGGGUUAGUGGCAAUUAUUGUGGGUGGUCUCGUAUCCAAAUUUCAAUAUUUUGACUUGGAAAGCCUCGAGACCUUGCGAACAGUCCAUAACGGACUCAGGGCCUCAGUCAACGACUUUUCUGCCGAAAACACCAAGCUGGUUGCCAACAAUGAUCGCCUCGAGGAGGAAAUUGUUCCACUAAAGGAGUGUGAGGAAAAACUUUCCGCAAUUGCGGAACAAAGUGGUUCGGAUGUUAAGAAGCUCACUGGUUUGGUUGCAGAAAACCAAAAGACGCUUGAUACAAUGCAUGAAAUUCAAAAGCAAGAUACUGUGCAAAGUUUAAUGCAAAUUCUUAUGGAAGCUGACCGAGAUGAAGAUGGAGAGCUGACAGAUCGUGAAGUAAAACGUUUGAUGAACAAGAUGAAGAAUCUACCAGCUGUUAAUUUCAAUGAAGAACGUUUCGAGAGAAAGUUGGAAAACCACCGACAGCUCAGCACCUUUUUAACCAUGGUGCACGAAGUGAAUGAUGAAAGUGUUCCAAAGGAUGAUCGCAUAUUUACAGUCAGUGAAGAUCCGAAAGAAGUGGCGAUGGAAGAAUAG